AUGGGCAAGCUCACCAGCACGAUCGGAAUCCCGAUCAAGCUCCUCAACGAGGCCCAGGGCCACGUCGUCACGCUCGAAAUCACCUCCGGCGUCGUCUACCGCGGAAAGCUCCUCGAGGCCGAGGAUAACAUGAACGUCCAACUGAAGGAUAUCACGGUCACGGCACGCGACGGGCGCGUCUCGCAUCUCGACCAGGUCUACAUUCGCGGCAGUCAUGUGCGCUUCUUCAUCGUUCCGGAUAUGCUGCGGAACGCCCCGAUGUUCCGCUCUCGAGGCCAGCGCGGUCGUGGUGUCGGUCUGGCGCGUGGAAAGGCGACGGUGCAGCGGGCGAGAGGACAGAGACGGGGUUGA